CUGAUAUAUUAAAUGUUAUCACUAAAUGCUCAUGCUCCAAAAUUGAGAAAUUUCACCGAACACCUUGUGUGCAUUUUGUAUCCACUGAGAGAUUUGUACACAUGCUGCAGAGAAGAAAGCUGAUCACUCAAAUCUCACUCUUCGCAAUCACCAAAACCCCUUUCUCAUCUUCUUCUUCCUCCAUCAAACCCCUAACCACCAGUCUCGACUUCCCCUACGAUGACGACGACGACGACGUCGAAGAUCCUCUCUACGCCGACGUGCCCAAGCCACGGAAGGAUAAAUCCGAGAGGAAGCCUUACCCCACUCCGAUGAAGGAGCUGAUCCGUCGCGCCAAGGAGGAGAAAGAGCUGAGAAGAUCGCAGCCCUGCCGCGUACUCGAAGAUCCGCCGGAUAACGGUCUGCUCGUCCCGGAGCUCGUCCACGUGGCUCACGGAGUUCACCGUUGCCGCGCCUCGCUGCUCUCCGGGCUCUCUAGAAUCGUCCAUCGUCACGUCUCUGUUCAUCGCUGCAGAUUCUGCUCUGAGGUUCACAUUGGCAAGGAAGGUCAUGGGAUCAGGACUUGCACAGGUCCGGGCGGUUCAAGAAGCGCCACUCAUGUAUGGAAAAGAGGAAGACCCAGCGACGUCGUUUUGUUCCCGAAAUGUUUCCACCUCUACGACCGUGCUCUCAAACGAGUUCUCCACGACGAGAGGUUCACCGUCCCAAGAAUCUCUGCGGUUCUCGAGUUAUGCAUACAGGCAGGCGUAGACCUCGAGAAGUUCCCAUCAAAGCGAAGAACCAAACCUGUUUACAGCAUCGAAGGAAGGAUCGUAGAUUUCGAGGAAGUCGUCAACAACGGGGACUCAGAGACCGCAGUUACUACUACACCUUUACAAGAAGAUGAACGUUGUGUCAGCAGUGCAGAGGAGAAGAGCUUGAAGGAGCUAAGCAUCGAGACGAUGGAUUCGUGGUUUGAAAUGGUCACAGGGGUCAAGGAGCUGAUGGGGAGGUACAAAGUGUGGACUUGCGGUUACUGUCCGGAGAUUCAAGUGGGGCCAAAGGGACACAAAGUGAAGAUGUGUAGAGCUACGAAGCAUCAGAUGCGAGACGGGAUGCACGCGUGGCAAGAAGCGACUAUUGACGAUGUGGUGGGUCCGAACUACGUGUGGCACGUUCGGGAUCCAGAUGAUGAUUCUGCUCUCGACAAUAGCUUGCAGAGGUUUUACGGGAAAGCUCCUGCGGUUGUGGAGCUGUGUGUGCAAGGUGGUGCACCUGUGCCUGACCAGUACAAGAGUAUGAUGAGACUCGAUGUGGUUUACCCUCAACGUGAUGAAGUCGAUCUAGUCGCUUGACCUUUCAAGUCCUCAGGCACUGGUGAUACCGUUCGAAUUACAAUAGACGAGUCCUGAAGCUUUACAAGCAGAGCUUUGGAGGUUUCGAUGCUCAUCCCACGGAUGAACCAAGAAAACGGCGGUAGAUUGAAAGGAGGAUAUGGCUUAUAGUAUUGGUCUAUUGUCAGUUUUGACGCAAUCUUUCCUUGACCACCACUACAUUUUUUAUACUCUUCUCCAGUCAUUGGUGUCUUCUUUUUGCAUAAACGUUCUUUAUCUACAAAUAUAGGCUCCACUUUUAAGUUA